CCGGAAACUCACCGAGGGACAUACUCUUCCGCUCCGAGAUUUGUUCUAGUAGAUAGAUGAUCUUGAGUUACUAUUAAAGAUAAUAGUAUUGUUAAUAUAUUAACUUGUUCUACUGUCAAUGGUUCAACAUAUUAGACACACUAACAAUAGCUCGUUAGUGUGUCAAAGUGUUGGGGGGUGGAAGUGAAUCGUUAUUUGCCAUAUAUGCAACUUGAACUGUGGUCGAAGUAGGCUACGUCCAUGCAGGGUAUAACGUUAGGUCUACUAGGCUACUCCGGACAGUCGAUCGAAGUAACCUACGUCCAUGCAGGGUAUAACGUUAGGUCUACUAGGCUACUCCGGACAGUCAAUCGAAGUAGCCUACGUCCAUGCAGGGUAUAACGUUAGGUCUGCUAGGCUACUCCGGACAGUUGCUCUGUGAACAAUUUAGGGGAAAUGACAGGAAAGGUUGAAGGGAUGAAGCAGAAAAAGACUAAAUUGAAGGAUUUCCUAGAGAAUAUCAGUGUACUGCAAUGGAUACUGACCUUCCUCUUAUUAGGUCUGGCUUGUAUUGGGUUGAUGGUGUACCUUAUGUUUACCUCUCUGUGGCCACUGCCUACUCUCUACUUCAUAUGGCAGUUGAAGGACUGGCACACACCUGAAAGAGGGGGCAGGAGAACUGCAUUUGUGAGAAACUGGAAAAUGUGGAAACACGUAAGGGACUACUUCCCAAUGAAGUUGGUGAAGACAGCGGAGUUGAAUCCAAACAAGAACUACAUCUUAGGGUGUCAUCCUCAUGGGGUCAUGAGUAUGGGAGCCUUUACCUCUUUCAGCACUGAGGCCUGUGGCUUUAUGGACCUCUUCCCUGGGGUGCGCUCCUGCCUCUGCAUACUAAGUGGCAUCUUCAAGGUCCCCCUCUACAGGGAAUAUGCCAUGGCCACAGGUUGUUAUCCAGUCAGCAAGCCAAGUCUAGAGCACCUUCUAUCUAAAAGUGGGAAAGGCAAUGCGGUAGUGAUUGUGAUAGGGGGCGCUGCUGAGUCUCUGCUGAGUCUGCCUGGGGUCAAUACUGUGUAUAUGAAGCAGAGGAAAGGCUUCGUCCGGGUGGCCCUGGAGUUUGGAGCUGACCUGGUGCCUGUCUACUCGUAUGGGGAGAACAAUAUCUUCCGCCAGGUGAUCUUCACAGAGGACAGUUUGGGCUGGAGGUUGCAGCAACUCUUUAAGAAGCUCAUGGGCUUUGCCCCCUGUCUGUUCGUGGGUGAAUGCUGGUUCUGGAUGCCUUACCACUGCCCUGUCACCACUGUCGUGGGUAGUCCUAUCCCAGUGCCAAAGCGGCCUUCCCCCACUCAGGAGGAAGUGGAUCACUACCAUGGCCUCUACAUGGAGGCCCUGGCCAAGCUUUUCCAUGGACACAAGGCCAGCUGUGGACUCUCAGACAGCCAUGAGCUGCGCAUCAUAUAGGCCAAUCAUUUAGACUGCUCCCACAAGGACUAUGUGAAUGAUGUGAUUUGUCAUGGUGUCUUUCUGUCAGAUACUGUAGCCAACCGAUCUCCACAGUGAGACUACUUGAAUGAACAUAUUCCAACUCAGGAUCCAGCGAUGUCCCAAUCAUUGAUCCCUGGAUCCACUAAGCUGCCUGGCUAAUAACUUUUGACUGUAUUUACUGUAAGGGAACAGUGCAUGUGCUUUAAUGUACCAGUAAUUUAACCACUUUGGUAAGGGUUUUUUCAGUUCAGGUACACAACAUUUUUUCUUGAGGCAAGCCGAAGUCGGUAUUCAACAGUAGGAUUCUUCAGUAAAUUCUUUGUUGUCAUUCAGCAAGAGGCGACUCAUUUUCA